AUGAACAUGUCCUCAACGAGCAAAGCAGCAUCUAGAAGAAGCCGCGCCUCAACCGAGCAACUCAGCGGAAUGGUGGACUUUUUCCUAGAGAACCCGGGACUGGCUGCCGGAAAGUUUCAGCGGCUCCAUGGGAAGUUGGAGCAUGAGAAAAAGUGGGAGGAGAUGGCGACCAAGUUAAACGCUAUGGGAGGAGCGCAGAAGUCUGCUGAUCAAUGGCGCACGGUAUGGCGUGAUUUAAAAAGUCGCACCAGUAAUCGGGUGCGCGAUCGCAAGAGACAGCAGGCCAUAACCGGAAACAGGCCCAUCAACCAGGUUCCACAAACAGAGCUGGAGCAGCGUGUGGUUGCUAUUAUUGGCAGCCACUAUAUAGAGGGCCAUCAAUCCGUGGCAGAAAAUGUGCCAAUGGAAGAUGUAAGUUUUUAUUAA